CGCGCCGUCCGUAUAUAAGCCGCCUGUCAAGGACAGGGCCACACACACCGUCACCGGACAGUCGAGAGUCAACAUGAUCGGACAGCUGGUUCUCCUUGGCGCGAUUGGAGCCGUUCUGGGCCAGGCCCAGAACGCGGCCAUCCUCAACGAGAACCGCUCUGCCGACGUGUCCGGCAAGUACGACUUCGGCUUUGCGUCGGAAGAUGGCAUUGCCCGUGUGGAGACGGCCGGCAAUGACGGCGAGGUGCGCGGUCAGUACCAGUACGUCGAUGCCAACGGUCAGACGAUCGUCGUCAAGUACACGGCUGGCAAGAACGGCUUCCAGGUCGACUCGCCCGUGCUGCCGAAGGCGCCUCGGGGUCUGCCCACCAUUCGGCCCCAGCAGCAGCAGUUUGCCCCUCAGCAGCAGCAGUUCAACAACCAGCAGUUCGCUCCCCGGCAGCAGUUCGCCCCGCAGCCGCAGCAGUUCGCUCCUCGGCCGCAGCAGUUCAACAACCAGCAGUUCGCUCCCCAGCAGUUCAACGCCCCGCAGUUCCAGAACCGCCAGCAGUUCCAGGCUCCCCAGAACUUCCAGAACUUCCAGGGUCCCCAGCAGUUCCAGGGUCCCCAGAACUUCCAGGGCCCCCAGAACUUCCAGGGCCCCCAGAACUUCCAGGGUCCCCAGAACUUCCAGGGUCCCCAGAACUUCCAGGGUCCCCAGAACUUCCAGAACUUCCAGCAGGGUGUGCAGCGGUUCGCGCCCCAGGCGGCGCCAGCCGGCCCUCCGGCUGCGCGCUACCCGGCCGGCGUUGACCCGAGCUUCUGCCCGAACUACCCCAUCUGCCCUACCGCCCAGUGAGCUCUCCUGCCGCCGCGCGCGGAGCGACGGAUUGGCUGUGCUAGGUGCUGUUUUGUAAGUGCCCUGGGGAAAAUCAGGCGCAUACGUUCUGCCCGAAAUGUCCAGGCGAGCACGGCUCGUUUUCCCUGGCGUUAGUCAAUGUGUGUGUUCAAAAUGUUUUCUAUGACAAUGCAAAUACAUAUUUUCCGAAAAACCUA